CGGGGAUCUAAUAAGUAGGCCUCGACCCGAACCUCAAAAAUGCAGCGCUCCCCCGAUUAUGGCACAUCACGGUUCACCCUUGUAGGGGAUGACUGUUGCUAUGCAACGGCGUCAUUCCCUAGAAGAAACAUGGCAGACGGACCCAGAUCAGCGUCUCAAGGGCCCAAGGAACCCCAGUCCUCCAGGUCUCAUAGACCCUCGAUGCCCAGACCCCAGAACCGCCCUGAUUCUGCCCCACAAAAGAAACCAUCGCAAAUAGACCUCUUGGCCCAAGAAGAGGAGUUCAAACGGCUUAAUGCAGAACUGGAAGCAAAAACAACUGAGCUGGUGCGCCAGGCAGAGGAAGUUAUGAGGGAACAAAAUGAAGUGCUCUCAAAGCCCAUUUCCACCCACCUGAGCAUUAAUAUUGCAGAAGAUUAUGAAAACUUUGGAGACACAAUGCCUUCAGUUAACCAACAUGCUAUGAAGCCAGUGACAGAAAAGAAGUCCUUGAAACCAGGAAGGCCAAAGAGACCUCCUUUAGGACAUAAAAAGAUACAACAAAGAAUAAGAACCACUGUGGCUGAUGAUGUGGCAGUACCUGAGGGUUUUGGGGACUUCUCUCUGGAAAAAACAAUAAGCACCAUUGAGGACAGGAUGAAUGAUGAUGCUGCAGAUGAAUAUCUGAAGGAUGACAUUUUGCCCAGUGUUGGGGAAGACAUGGGUGCAGAGGCUCAGCUUCGCUUCUUGAAGGCUAAACUACGGGUGAUGCAGGAGGAGUUAAACAGGCUUUCACAUGAGUGUAACAAGAAGGACGAUGAGAAUGCCGUCUUGUGCCGUAAGCUGAAGGAGGUGGAGGAUGAGCGGGCCAGACUGCAGAAGAGCUACAACAUGCAGCAGACUCAGCUGGAGAAGCACAGAGCCCUGGCUGAGGAGGCCGGCAAGAACAGCGACAGCCUGCGGCAGCAAGUCACCACUCUGCAGAAGGAGCUGGAGGGCAUGAAGAGGGCCCAGAAGCAGGCAGCCAGUGCCCACAGUGCCAUGGAAGUGAGGCUCAACAGAGCCCUGGAGGAGGCUGAGAAGAGCAAGACUGACCUGAGCAAGCUCAAACAGAGCAGCAAGGACUCUGCAAACCAGGAGCAGCACAGGAUUGAAGCUUUGCAAACUGAGAACAAAAAGCUGGAGAAACAGAAGGCGGAGCUUGUCAUGGGCUUUAAGAAGCAACUUAAGCUAAUUGAUAUUUUAAAAAGGCAGAAGAUGCACUUUGAAGCAGCAAAGAUGUUGUCCUUUACAGAGGAGGAAUUUAUGAAGGCUCUGGACUGGGGAAAAUCAUAGUGCACUCAGAGAAACUAUAUUGUGCUUUUUGGAUAAGUUUCUUGAAUGACUAUAGUUAAAUUGUUAAGAAAUUUGAAAUUUAGUUUUUCUUAUUAUUUUAAGUACUGCAAAUUUUUCAUAGGAUGUUUUUUGCAGUCAUUAAAGUUAAAUGCAGACA